AUGUAUCAUCAAGUAUGUAGUAGUGAGUUUGUCAGCGAUGUAUGGAUUCGUCAUCUUGCUACGGGCAAUGGAUCUACAUUUUAUGGAGAUGACUUUCGAAUAACAGGCGCACAUGCAUUUCGAGCCUUAGACAUGUUUUGUCAGCUAGCUCAUAAUACGAUUGCGAAUAAUCUCGUUCGGUUCUAUUCAAGUCAAUAUUUCAGUAGAUUUGCCAUUUCUCCAUACCUGUUUGAAGCACAAAUUGGAUCAAUACUAGAACAAUUUCAAUCAUCAAUGUCAGAUACCUUUGUAUUAUCUCUCAAGAUGAUUCGAGACACUACUCAAGUUAAUGCAUUGUUUUCUGCGCUGCAAACAAACUAUAAACUGAGUGGAAGCAAAGAUACAAACAAUGUAUUCGUGAUGGCAAAGAAUUACGAUGGCUGCAGUUGUAGUCUUUCAGCUAAUUGUAUUCGUCAAUCGUCGAUUUAUGAUUAUAAUACUAUGACAAUAUUAUUCAAUGUAACCGGUUUUUACACAGGAUGCAAUGUGAUUGAAUCAUUACUUCAAUCAACUCUUGAAUGCUUUUAUAAUCAAACCUGUAUAAAUGAAUUACAAAAAUAUUUACUACCAUCGCCAAUGUAUUCAUCAGCUGUAAACUCGUUAUCAUCAAAUCAGAGCCUCGAAACGGCAACUAUCAACACUCUUGUUUCUAAUUUAAUGGUAGAACGAUGGCAGCCGGACGUAUCGUAUGAAAAAUAUUAUGCAGCAUGUAGUCCAGAAUACUGUUCUUAUUAUUAUAAUACUAUUGCUGACAAUUCGGAAAUUAAUACAUAUUACAUUGUCGUUCUAAUGUUCUUUCUUGUUGGUGGUCCAUUAUCCGUUUUAAAACUUCUCAUAUCGGCGUUGACAAAAAUCAUCGUAUUCUACGUUCGAAAACCACCAAGACAGGUCGUUCCUCAAGCGUAA